AUGGCCACCGUUGAAGAGCAAGUUGUCCCGAUCGAGCCUGCUCGGAAGAAGCGCACCACCCCCACACACCCUCCGUACUUCGAGGUUGGAUCUGAAAUUUUCCGGUGGAUUCUGCAGAUGAUUAAGGAUGCGAUCGUGACGCUGAAGGACCGGACGGGUUCCAGCCAGCCCGCCAUCGCGAAGUUCAUCGAGGACAAACAGAAGAACCUGCCGGCCAAUUUCAGGAAAGUCCUGCUCCUCCAGCUGAAGAAGCUCGUGGCCAACGACAAACUCGUGAAGGUAAAGAGCUCCUUCAAGCUUCCGACCGCUCGCCCGGCCAAGCCAUCCUCGCCGGCGAAGAAGAAUAUGAAGUCUGUUUCUGUUUCCGCACUAAAAGCUGCCGGCGCCAAGGAGAUGAAGGCAGCUGUCUCCAAACCCAAGCCGAAAGCGAAACCCAAAGCUAAGCCGGCUGCGAAGGCCAAGGCCGUGACAAAGAGGAAGGCGCCCGAAAGCAAGAAGGCUAAGAAGAAGCAGCCGGCCAAGGCGGCGAAGACCUCAACUAAGUCGACUCCGAUAACGCUGGCACAGUCUCGUUCGGAUAACGUUGUGCCUCAGCCAAACAAUCAAGCUGAAACUCUCAGACUGGAAAUGGAAGAUUUUAAGCGCAGGAUGAUUAAUGUCAGAGAGUUAUGGGAUAUGGACGAGAUGUCAGCUCCUGUAGACCCGGAUGACCCUCUUAUGGGCCCUCUUCUGGUCAAAUAUUCGAACGAGAAUGUAGCCCAAUGUGCAUUGCAACACUACAACAACAAACAUGGAACUUGUUUGGAGUUUGUGAGGUGUCUGGCCGGGAACGCAACAGAUUUGGAGGGAAGUGGGUUUGGAAGGUGCUUUAUAGAGAUGCAUGAUUUUUGGAGGCAUUUAAACUUUGAGGCCAGGCGACCGGAUGCUGGUCCCAACGACGAACCACUUCUUUUGUUUGCCGAAGUACGUUCAAGUAUAGAAGGGUUUGAGCUCACUACAUUAUCACUCGUGGGACCUACAGAUGGAGAGUAUGGUUGUCCGCAAUGUCUUUCUUCCAUAAAUCACCCGCGACGUGGAUUUCGUGCUGGUUUUGACGCUACAGUGGAUAGCAAUCCUAAGUUACUGCCUGCAGAUGCUGCUGCUAAAUUGGCUGAAUUCGCUUUACAGGAUUAUAUUGCGAAACAAACGGAGGAAAUAAGCUUGAAGUUUGAAAGGGCUAUUGAAGGCAAUGGUUUUACGAGCACAGGUGUAUUGAUGGACUUCACCGAAAAGAGGACACGUUGGGUGCAUUUGAACUUUGAGGCAAGGGUGGGCCCCAAGGAAGAAGUGCUCCUUUUUUUUGCCGAACUCUAUUUAGAGGAUGGCAGUGAUGAUAAGUAUGUGCUUGCUACAUUAUCACCGGCUGAGGCCACUUGGAUGCAGAAUUGGAUGCAGAAGGAGGAGGUGGACAUAGAUCGUGGAUGUCCCUGCUGCCCGAAAAACAUUUAUCAUCCUUGGCGUAACUUUCGGUAUGCUUUCAAUGAUUGGCCAUACCCAUUCUCAGCCAAUCGGAAAGACCUAGUGAGAGAGAUGCUCAAAUGAGCAUCUUAUGACUAUUUAUUCCAUGGCGCGGGAUAAACUUGGGAACAAUCUUUGUUUGCUUUCUUCAUGGUCAUUUGAAUUUGAAGGGGUAAUUUGUUUUGUGUUUUCUUCAUAAGUCUAUGACAUACUAUUUCUAAUAAUUGAUGUUGUGUAUAUAGGAUUGAAGCAGAAAUUCUAGAAUCCCUUAUAUAUUAAUUCCAAACAAACUUGGUGAGACUAUUUGAGCUAUAGAAGUAUGGCAUGUGCCAAGGAUUCACAACAAGAAAGCUAUGAGCAAGAAAGCCAAAACAAAAUUACAAAUUUUAAUUUCUAUCGAGAUACCAUGUCAGUUGGAUUCUAGUCUUCUUGUUUAUGCUUGCAUGGACCCUUUGUCAAAGACUGAAAGAUGAACUACAUGUAUGCAUGUUUAAUAUUCCCCCUCGGUUUGAGCAAAAGUCGGAUAUUAUUUAUGCAUAGUUUGUUCCUUAACAUUACGCAUAGUUUGUUUCUUAGACUGGUAAAAAACUGAUCACUUAGAUGAACUACACGUAUGCAUGUUUACUACGAGCCUUCGAAUGAUGAAAUGGUAAAAUUUUGUUCUUCGUAUUUUUGUUCGUAUAAAUAUUACUAGUACAGAGCCCGUGCGAUGC